AUAUCAAAGUUAGGUACGGCCACUGGACGGUAUGUGAGGUACAAUGGAAACAUUUAAAAUGGUCUGCUGUCUUCUUACAUGUGCAUUUCUUUUGCUUUCUGUAGCAAAUUCCCAAAAACUUCGUGGAACGGUUUCAGUUAAAAAUGCAGCACUAGUUAGUUUAUAUAAUGAUGAAACUGUCCUCAAUGGUUCCUCAAAGUACAGUUUGUUGGUUUCGACUUACGACACAAGACCCAACAGCGUUGACAAUGCUUACGUCCUUGAUAGACCUGGACGUUUCUUGAGUGACUUGCGCAAAGUAGAACCCAUUCCGUUCGAUGACCUUUUCAACUGGCCAAGACAAAUGAAACAACUUGAUGAUACCGAUUUCAACUUGGAUACAGUUUUGAUUCCUGAUGGUGCCAACAUUGCCGGAAAACUUAAAGGCCACAUAAACAUCGCAAACGUUACCAACUUCAAAAACAUCAUCACGUACGACAUCACCUCCCCACGCACUCCUAACUUGAAAGUUUCUCAUCAUUACACGGAUGCCAUCUUCAAAAAAUUCUCUCUGGUCGGCGGGAGAGACAUUCUUACUUGCAGAGCUGUCUAUGUGUCAGGAGUAUACAACAAUUCCGAACUUGUCCACCUGAAAAGACCUACCAUUGGAGACCCUCUUUUGGCACCAUGGAAAGAUACGGUACUCAUGAAGCAGGUUUGUGAUGCAAAUCUCGUUGAGAUACAAUUCUUUGAGACAGUCCUCAAAAAAUGGGAUGUAGUAUAUGCAGCUGGUUCCAACACUAAACAACUGAGCAUUAUCUGGGCCGAAGCCAAGAAUGGAACUCAAGGAAACUGGGAUGAUCCAACCCACAUUAGAAUGUUAGCACUGGAGUCAGGGAGGAGGAUUAGUGACGUGCAAGCAGUUGACGUCAAUUACGAUCUUAAAGUGGACAUUAUCGCAACAGUUGAAAGUUACAAUGGAUCCGUCGAAAUCUGGGAACUUCCUGCUAAGGAUUUCAGAUUGGUAGCCAACUACACAAGACGAGUUCUCGACACCUACAAUUCAAGAGCUGGUGUCGGUACUGGCAUGACACCUGGAGCCGUGUAUGUUCAACAUCCAACAUUCAAAAAAGUAGGCAAGCCCUGGAUCUUCGUGGCAGGUGCCGACGAUGGUCGCGUGUACUACUACGUGCCUCUCUCGCAAGAUGUUAAGGACUGGAGGUACGCCAAGAACGUUCUAGUGGACUUGGGAGCAAGACAGAAAGCAAGUGGUCUAGCUGUGGUAGACCUCGACGGAGAUGGGGCCAUGGAAGUUGUUGUCAGCAAUUACGUUGGAGGACAGUUAAUGGUCUACAGUCUUGGCUAAAACGUAUAUGCAGUUUACAAAUUCUCGCUCAAAUGAAAGGAUUUAAUUUUAGAAGUCGUAAAAAGUUUGAAAUAAAAAUAUUGUUAACCUUUUUUGACACGUUUUGUUGAAAGCAAUUGAAAAAAAUGUUGAUGACACUAUUCUGACCUAAAAAGGCGUGACAUUAUCAAAAGAAAAUCAGAAAAUAAAUAAACAGCUGCUCAGGAAAGGCAUUUUUCUACCUUAAUUAUUCGUAAUUAAAGUGACCCUGUUUUUUCGCUUCUAAUAAUUUUAAAAAGUCUACAAA